AUGAACACGAAGUUUGCUCUGUUAUUGGCCGUAUUGGCUUUUGCAUCGGUUCAAAGUGGAUUGGCAGGGCAUGCUCACAGUUUCGCGUACUUUCACGGACCGGUCGAAGGAUCCGUACGCGAAAUGGUUAUCCACGAUAAGCAUGAUCAUCAGCAUGUAAACUACAUCGCGUAUCCCAAGUACGAAUUCGCAUACGGAGUCGAGGAUCAUCACACUGGCGAUUAUCACGGACAGAAAGAGUACAAAGAUGGAAAUAAAAAGUUGGUCGGUGAAUACACCGUCAAGGAACCGGGCGGCAACACCAGGAUCGUGUCCUACCACGUUGAUCCGCACGGAGGAUUUUUUGCUCACAUCCACAAUUCGGGCGGCAAUAACCAUCAUGGUGGUACAUACGGCGGUUACGAGCACCACUAA